AUGAACCAUCACAAGACGAUAUUUGCCGGCAUCUUAGUUGAAAUCUCGCCGGAAUCUGAAUGCCACGUCGCAAUUGCUCUUCGUGACGAGACAUACUUGCUCGACUUUAUUGAAAGCACUUUCACUGCACCAACCUCGCAUAGCUGUACCCAAAUCAUAGCUGCCUUAAGGAGGUACAGUGACCUUCAUUCGGAGAAGAUUCUCGGAGUGGCAAUUUCACGGUUCUUGCAUGAUCGAAUGCCUGGAUUGUGCCCGCAACUUUGGACGGAAUUGGAUAUCGUGCCCAUUAUCCUUGACGAGGAAUCUGAUUUCAACGCGAUCCCUGAGACAUUGACUCGCAUACAUUUUGAGAGGAAACCUAUCGAUGAGCAAGCCGAGUCACUUUCGAGAAAAUGCAUCAGGUUUUUUGGACCAAGCAAUUUGCCCUUGGUGCAUGUGGGCUUCCGUGGUAGAGUCGAGGUGGAUUCCGGAUAUCACAUUCAGCUGGCUGAUAGAGAUUCUUUUCGGCGAACCGUUCGCCCCGACACAUGGACAGCGGUUGAGCAUUAUGCCUCAGAUUUAAACCGCCGAGGUGUGAAGAUUUCUUUCUUCAGCGCGACGCCUCAGGGUGGUGGUGUUGCGCUCAUGCGCCAUGCGGCUGUCCGCUUGGCACAUGAAGUAGAUGUGGAUAUCAAGUGGUAUGUACCGAAGCCGCGCCCAGAUGUUUUUCGGAUCACGAAGACGAAUCACAAUAUCCUACAAGGGGUGUCUGCCCCUGAUGAACGGUUGACUGGUGACAGGCAGCAGCAAUUGGCCGACUGGAUUCAAGACAACGCUGAAAGAUACUGGCUGCAGCGCGGCGGGCCUCUAAGCCGGUCUUCCGAAGGCGGUGCUGAUGUUAUUAUUAUCGAUGAUGCUCAGAUGCGUGGUCUCAUUCCGAUUGCGAAGAGCAUCCAACCGCAUCGCCCAAUCAUCUAUCGGAGCCAUAUCCAAUUGCGAAGGGAUCUAAUUUCCCCCCAGUGUGAAAUUUGGAAAUAUCGCUGGGAGCAUAUUCGCCGGGCAGAUAUUUUUAUAAGUCAUCCUGUGGCUGACUUCGUGCCAAAGAACGUUCCAUUCUAUCGGGUUGGCUACAUGCCAGCCUGCACUGACUGGUAUUCUGGCCUGAAUGACUCAAUCCUAACUUUAGUACCAUACUAA